AUGGCGGCUGCAGGUCCGAGCACUCGGGCUUCUUCCGCGGCGGCCACGGCGGCUCUGAGUCGGCGGGGCCGGCGGGGCCGCUGUGACGAGAUGGCGGCCGCGAAGACCGGGCUUCCGGGCCCGGCCUCUAGCCCCGCGUUGAUAGUGUUACCGCCGCCGCCACGGCCGGAGGAGUCGGGCUGCGCCGGGUGCCUGGAGACCCCGGGGGAAGCGGCGGCCCUGCCGUGCGGCCACUCGCGGUGCCGAGGCUGCGCCUCCCGCGCGGCGGGCCCGGGCUGCCGUCGCUGCCGUCCCCGGGGUUCGGGCUGGGCCCGCCGUCGGGCCCGCGACGACGGCCAGGCCGCUGCGGAGCUGCUGGGCGAGCGCGCCCGUCGCGGACAACCGGAGCGCUGCCGCUCGCGCCGGGACGGGGGCGCGGCCGGCGCGGGGCCCAGGCCGGACCCGGAGCCGCGCGCGGACCCAGAGUUUAUAUUCAGAGCACCAAUCAAAUUGAGCAAGCCUGGAGAACUUCGUGAGGAAUAUGAAUGUCUAAGAAAGCUGAGAGAAGAGAAGUUACAGGAAGAAAAAACUUGUGAAGAUAAGAUCCACAGGGUACUGCAGGAGGAUUCAGAAAUGGGGAAGAGGAAAACGGAAGCACAGAAGACAGGCGAUGAGCCAGUGGUGCUGAAAGCGAGUCUGGGACAGUGUCCUGCACGUCUCUCGGAUUCAGAGAAUGAAGAACCUUCUCGGGGCCAAAUGAUACAGACACAUCGUUCGGCCUUUGUCUCCAAGAACAACGCCUACUCCUUAGCUUUCCUGACAGGGACGCUGAACACCCAGGUGCAGAGGAGUCGGAGCUGCAGCGACACGGCUCAGGACCGAGUGACCAGCAGGCGCAGGACAGCUCCACCCAGCAGGGCCAAGGUCACAACUAUAACCCCAGGUUCCACCCCCAUUAUUGGUGUUCUCUUGUCCACUCAAAACAACCGCUGCCUCUCAGCUCCUGACUUAACCAUAGAAAAGCGCCUGCCUUUCAGCUCCCUUUCAUCCUUGACUUCCUUGCAUAAGCCAGAGCGCUCUAUCAGCCCUGAAAGCAAUGACAGCAUCUCUGAAGAACUAAACCACUUCAAGCCCAUCGUCUGCUCACCAUGCACCCCUCCCAAGAGACUCCCUGACGGCCGUGUGCUGAGUCCUCUCAUCAUCAAGUCAACGCCUCGUAACCUGAACAGAAGCCUGCAGAAGCAGACUUCCUACGAGGCCAGUCCACGGAUCCUCAAGAAGUGGGAACAGAUCUUCCAGGAACGGCAGAUCAAGAAGACCCUUUCCAAAGCCACUCUCACCUCCCUGGCCCCUGAAGGAGGGGAGGAGUUACCAGGCUCUGAAGCUAUUCAUUCUAGCAAGGAGAGGCCGCCUCUGGCUCUAAGUACAAGACUGUCCAGGGCCCAGGUGCUCUCAGAGUGUGCUGGGCCCACAUCCACUACCCUUGAGUAUUUCCCUUCUGUUAACCAGACAAAAGCAGAACAGGACUAUGUUAGAAAAAGGAGCCAUGAGGUUUCAGUGGAAACCUGUCAUUCAGAGUACAGAGUUGUAGCCAGUGGGCCUUCUUUGGAAGGGGAGCAGUCUGAGGAGUUAAGGUCCACCCUAGAUGCCACGUUAGACAAAACUUGCAUGAGCACAGUCAUGAAGACUUCAGUUAAUUCAGUGCUACCCAAAAAUCAUGUUUUGGGUGGGGUCCUCAAAACAAAGAAACAGCUGAAGACAGUUGGUCAUUUUGAUCUGGCUAAUGGCAUUCUGGUCGACAACCUAGGAGAGGAGUCAAUUCUCCUGCGUAGGGGCCGGAAAAGGCGUUGUAAGACUAAGCACUUGGAACAAAAUGGUAAGAAACUGCGACCGCCCAGCAGUGACAUGGGCCUGGCUCCCAAAGACCCAGGGCUGCUCGAGGUGGGGCGGAAAUGGCAGCAGGAGGAUACGGGCCCGAUGGCUUUGCAGUCACAGCGCAUGUUUGACAGUGAGAGGCGGACUGUGAGCCGGCGGACAGGAAACGCGGACCAGUAUCUCUUACGGUCCAGCAGCCUGGCUGGGGCCAAGUAGCACUUACUGAACAAUGUAAUGUUGCGGCUUCUCAGAGGCCUUGGCCUCAGCCAUUUAUCCAAAAGAACUAGCUGAAUGGUCUCCACUUUGAGUUUCUUUCGAUGGCAAAACACUGUCUAAUACGGUUCUGAGGGGCUUCAGGACCUUGGUAUCAAAGCCAAGGGUCUGUAUCUUUGGUUUCUCUAGGCCCUGGGCCAUGCCUCUCACCCUGAGUGAGCCAACUCUUGAAGGCUUCUGGGCCCAAAUCUGGCAGCACCCACUUGGAAUGAGAUUGAGAUUGGCCUCAUUCAUGAACGUGAUGGCCAGAGUUAGAGAUGGCAGGGAGAGAAUACCUUCUCACACUUGUGAGACCCCCAGCUUCUUACCACAGAGUAGUGUUUAAGUCAGCCUUGCAGAUAAGAUCCACACAGUGCAGUGCUUGGAAAAAUCCGAGAUGAACAGGGUGACCAUGUUCGUUUGUCUUCCCUGUGUGACUCUACAUACCUAAAAUCAGUUGAGCUAGAACCUUUGCUUCUCCAGAAGUUAAUUUGCAUUCCCUGUUUAAACUAUGACAUUUGACUGAUGCUAUGAUUGACACUUGGUCUUCUUGGUGUCAGCUUGUUGAAGCUGCAGUGCAGGUGUUGAGGUUCUCAGCUGCUGAGUGGUGUCGCCCAGGCUGACCUGUGUCACAAUCACAGGGUGCCUGAGGGUAUGCAUGCCAGGGCGACCUAGGGAGACUGGCUGGGCACUGAGUGUAACAGUGCGAAGCCCCCCUCGGAGCAGUCAACAUUGCUGAGAUGUAAACUGCAGAGGUCUCACCUACCCCGUUUACAGGCUCUGCUUCCCCAGGAGUCCUGGCCGAGAUAGCUAUGAGGUUUCCUUACUGCUUUCCACUUGGCGAUGGCCAUCCUGAAAUUUUGGUCUAAAAAAUCAUGAAAAACUUGCCCCAGAGUCAGGCAAAGGUCAAUGCUGAGACUCCCAUACUGUGGAAACAAGUUAUCUAGCUGGAUGCAGCUGGUAAAUUCAGUCCCAUGGACCUUUGGGGUUUAUUUUUCUUAGCAGCUGACACCAUGUGUCUUUUGCAUCCCUGGUGGUGCUUGGUGCUUCUGCCCUUCUGGGCUCAGUGAGAAUAGGGAUUCUGAUAGGAUUUUAGGGACUCUCAGGUAGGCUGGGCGUUCCCUUGUCUGUGUGAGCUGUUACCAUAGUCAUGUGACUGGCAUUUAACAAACCUUCCAGAGCUUCUAUACCCACCCUAUGCUGUCUCCCUUGAAAGGUCCCAGCAGGUAAUGAUAGUUCCUCCAGUGAGUUGCCUUUGAUUGGAGAGUUUUCUGAAGCAUUCAAAGUGUAGAAAUAGCUAGAGGAUAGCCCCUCCUCAGUGGCUGAGGGAGGGUUACCUGUAGUGCUGUUUCCUCGGAGCAGAUGUCAGUUUUUGGGAUUAUAGAAGAGAAAACCUCAGAUUAGGAAUUAGCCCAAAGGUGGUUGAAGCUUCUAGGGAGGGGAAGGAGCACAUGGAGUCCCAAGAAAGCUGUCCCUUGGAGCAGACGGAGCUCUUCUCUGCAGCUCAGAACUGACUGUUCUCGGGAUGCUGGAUGUGUGUGGCCAUCACCGAGAUAGGUGGCUUCAGAGGCUGCUCUGGUGGGGAACUGAGUGUCCUGGGGUGUGGGUGUGUUUUUAAAACAUACAAUAGUCUCAUUACUUUAUAGUCACACCUCUUUACUUCUUAUCCUAGGUAACUUCAGGCUUAGGGGCUGCUAGAAGGCAUGUUAAUGCCCCAAGUAGGAGGGCUGGCCCUGGUCUGCAGAUAAAAGGGAGAUUCCAUUAGAGAAAACUUUGAAAUGUUUGCCAUUUCAUAUAUUUCUUUAUGAUCUUAGUAAUUAUUAUUGGAAGGCUAGUCUUUCUGGGUAGUAGCAAAGACACUUAUUUUUCCACAUGCCACCCUUUUAUAUGCCAUUGACCAUUAGAACAAACACUUUCAGUUGGAGUUAAUUUUGGUUUGGGAAAAAGAUAAAAAUAUUUUUAAUAGAUGAGAAAUAUAUAUUUUAAAUAUCCCUGUGCCCCAAGUUACUGACUGCCUUGACUUUAAGAGUGUGCACAGCAGUGGUGACAAGUGUGGCUGCAGGUGCGGUGCUGCUGCUGAGCGGGUCCUGCGAACACUGGGCUGGCCUGGGGCCGUCCCUGUGCACCCUGAGCCCGGUGUGCUGUGGACAUGUUUCCCACACUUCCUGCUGAGCAGUGGUUCUUGAAGUCAAGGCAAAGCGUUACAUUGAGGAGGAAAGGCUUCCCUUUUAGUCCGCUUAGCCUCGAAGGUGGGAAAACUACUAAAGCGCUGCAUGCAGGUGCUCUCGCAUGCAGUCACUGGACACUUGUCACUGACGUCCAUCACAGCUGCGGUUGUUGACAUGGGAGAGCUGGUGAACUAUUCACAGCCCUUGUUUCUGCUGCGCUCCUCUGUAUAUGCAGUUCCGCUUCCUUUGUUCUUAUUAAAGAGGAAAUUAUGAGUAAGAGGAGGGUGAGUCUUUCUGAUGGGACAUUAAGAGAUGUGCCAUCCUCAAAAGGGUUUGGUAGCCGUUCUCCACCUUAGUGACAUUCAUGAGUAGCUGACUGUACCUGUUGGAAGAAGUCAUCUGGACCAGAUGGAUUGGUAUCAAGUCAGGGAUUAUUCAACCAGCAACUGACCUCUGUCCCUUAGUUACCUCUUUAAAAAAGUUAAGUCUGGCUGAGGCUUGUCUAGGAAUUCUUUCCUAACUGACCUUAUUUGUUAAAAGAAACAAAACAAUCCAAAACUUUCUUUUGUAGGGAGAGUAUACUGGUCAUAAAUGUCCUUUAUUAUUUUUUAAGGUAAAAUGCCCCUCAGAGAGUAAAGCUAUGUCCUUAAUUAUUGCCUGGUUACAAACUAGCCACUGACUAACAGGGGCAGCUGCUGACUGAAGACUUUGUUCAUUCAGUAGGCGCUUUUGAGCUCUUAGACCCCACCCUGUGCUGGACCACAGGGUAGUCCCCGUUGGGAGGGGCAUGUCUAGUGCACGUGUGUUCGGCCAGAGAAUGUGUUAAUGAUCUCUGGACAGCCAUUUCCUCUAUAGCAGUGAGAACUAGCACUUAGCCUGCCACCAGCAACAUUUCCCACACCUCGUCAGUAUUUAUGAGCUGGUUAACUCUGCCUUUUCCCGUUCCCUAAGUAACUUUCCCAGGGAAGAGUGGAUCUUCUGCAAUGAUUAUAGAACAGUCACCCUGUUCAGAAGCUGCAUUUACAUCAAGUCCUAAGAAAUGAGGCAGGUCUGGAUCACUGGCAGGGCCAAAGAAGCCCAUUCUUCAUUUUAGUGAUCUCCUAAUGCCAUCCCCAAGCUGACCUCUCACCAGAAUCGGCAGUGACAUGGGGUUUCUCUUCCUAGCUUGUCACUGAAGUGGAGAGCCAUCAGGAGAGGGGUAGAGGCUAGCUCAUCAUCGUGGGAUAUUAAAGCUGGACCAGCCCCAGCCCGACUUUAAAUGAAGACCCACUGUUCUGGUUUUGCUGUAGUUUCUCUAGGGCAGAAUAAUAGUGAAAGUCACACAAUUUGUGGAUGAAGGGGACACCCAAGUGACAGAGGUUUUAGAAUGGCUGUUGUUUCUUUUAGUUAAGUUGUACCUAUAUCCCCUGAAUAUCCAUAAUAUACAGAGAACUUAAUAGGGAAAACCCCGUAGUGUGAACUAAUAAGUGGGAAUUUUGUUGUAGUUAUUUUAAUUACAGCCUUUUGCUGUUUCUUUCAGAAUAAAAUUCCUUAGGGUCUUACACCUUUCUUAGCCAGCCCUUUGCCCCUCAACCAUAGGAUGUUCCUUAGACUUAGCGUUUAGAGAGGAUGGAACUGGUUAAAGUCUCAUGACCCAGGAGGGUGCGAGGACUAGGCUGCUGCACACAUUUUCUUUGAUGACCCAGAAAUGCACCUUUCACUGUAACAUUCUGAAGACUGUUCUGUAGAAGACAUGUAGGAAUACACAGAGGUUUCAACUUAGUCAAAGUGGAUGGUGGAAGAGGCACCAAACCCACGUGACCAGACUGCCCUGUGUCUGCCAGUUUUUCUUCUGAGGGGCAAAUGUACUUUGUGUCCCCUUUGUGGCGUCUCAGAUCCAGAAGGAGUUAGACAAAGCCAUGCUAAGAUCAGGUUCGCUCCUCUCCCUUCCCUACCACCAAGUGUGAGCACAGACAGUGUUGGCUUCAGUGUCGAGCUGUGCAGGGUGUAGCCUUCUUCUGGUGUCAGAUUUCCUGCAGCAGCCGUCAGUUCUCCCUAGCUGGCACUUGCCCUCCAAGCUGAGAUGCCAGUUUGCACCAGACAUGACCAUUAGCCCUAAGCUCCAGCAAGAGCAGAAACAGAUACUAUGCAAGACAAGUGGGUGUUCUUUUUCUCCCUUCUCCCCUCUCCCCCUCCCUCUCUGCACCUGAUACACUGUUUACUCUUAACUGUACAGAUAUAGUUUGUCUUAAGAGCCAAGAGCCAAACCUUCCACCUAGAAAUAUAAAAUGGUUGUCUGUUUGGUUUUAGGCAGCCUGCUAUAGCUCCUUGUGGUCUGGUGGUUGUGACUUACUCAACCUGUUUACAUUAGGAUCGGAGAAGGGUCCCUGCAUCCUGGUGGACUGCCCACUGCUGUCUGUAACCCCUUGACUCAUAGGACUUGGGACAAGGUAUGCCCUGUCAGGGGAUGCUUUUCCACCACAGUGAAAUGGUGUGGAAUUGAGUGGGAGGUUGUGUGACUAAAACAGAGCCAAAGUGCAUUCUUCAUGUGUAUGUGCCUGUUCCAGGCGAGGCCCAGGUUGGAAAUGCAGUAAAGCAGACUUAUGAAAGCAAACAGUCUACUUCUGGUUAGUCUCGAGAGACCUGCGUCUGACUGUGGACUAAGCUCAAGGCAGGUGUUUGGGUGCUGUCCUGGGGCAGGGAGGUACCUGGGAUGGAAAGGCACUGGGGUACGGUCUCCACAAGGAAUAAAUACACCUUUUGAUGAAUUCUAA